AUGGGUGGUCUUCAUCCGAAGUACUCCUGUCGAAAAGGCCUGUGGCACUACGGGUGUUUCAAUCGAGAAUACGACCAGAGCCAUUGGAAGGCAAAGCACUGGACACAGCACUGGGAACAGCACUGGUCCUAUUGCUGCAGGCGCUACGACCCGAUGCGCAACAAGUACACCGAUAUGCCAAUCGUCUUUGAAGGUUAUUACGACUACGACUCGCUGCCGCCCUCAUGGUCGCCUGUGUUCCGGAGGGACACGGUGUCGCGGAACGAGCAGUUGUACGCUGGGCUGACGCUGGGGCAGUGGCUUUGGAUGAUCUUUGCGAUGGUGGUUGUUAUGGGUGAGUUUGAGAGUUGA